AUGGUUUAUUUACGAGCAUAUUAUGCACUGAACGCUAUUAUGUCUAUAGUUUCGCUUCAAAUUGGCCAGUGUGGUAAUCAAAUUGGAGCUAAAUUAUUUGGUACAAUAUACAAUGACUGUUGCUCAAAGAAAACGUCAUCUCAAUCCAGAAAGGAUAGUGCUUACAUUCGAAACUCCUUAAACACAUUCUUCAGUGAAUCAUCAAAAGGGCGUUUGACAGCCAGAUGUGUCCAAGUGGAUAUGGAGGAAAAGGUCAUUGCAAAUGUUCGUAGAAAUACCUGUGUACAAAAAUGGAGCUAUUCUCCUAAUAGCACUUUUACAGCUAAAUGUGGCUCGGGUAACAAUUGGGCUUACGGUUACUUUGUUCAUGGCAAUGAAUUUGAAGAUCAGAUACAAUGUUUAAUUCAAAAUCAAUUGGAAAGUUGUGAUUCACUGGAUGGCUUUUUGGUGACGAUGAGUUUAGCUGGUGGAACAGGUUCUGGUGUGGGAACCAAAAUGCUCACAAAUUUAUCAGAUAUUGUGCCUAAAGCAUGCGUCCUUUCUCAACUUAUAUGGCCGUUUACACGUGGUGAAGUAUCUGUUCAAGCUUAUAAUGCUAUUCUUACACUUGGACAUUUAUUAUCUCCGUCUACUGCAAAUAGUUUAGAUGGUUUUAUCAUGCAUCAUAACGAUACUUUACACAAAAUUUGUUCAAAUCGCCUUUUGGCUAGUAAUCCAAAUUGCCGAAUUGGAAUGGAACAUUUGAAUGCAUUACUUACUUAUCAACUGGCUGGAAUUUUGCAGCCUACUGUAAACGAAAUGGAACCAGAUUAUUUUAAAGACAAACGACGUUUAACCUCUUACUUACUGGAUCUUUGCGGACAUCCUGAUUAUCGACUAACACGUCUGCGUUGUUUACCAUAUAUGCCAGCGGAAAGUCGCAAAUUUUGUACAGAAACUUGGAGUCAACUAGCACGUCAUGCUAGACAAAUGCUAUUGACAGGUUCAGCUGUUGAAGAUAAACUUGAUUGGUCUGUCAGUGCUUCAGGAACUGGGUUCAAAACCAGAAUUGAAAAUUCACGUCUUCCAUUACUGUCUUAUUUGUGUAUGCUACGGGGUGAAGGUGCAAGUGAUCAGAUCCGCGAAGCAAAUCACUUUGUUGAUUCUUUAACCAAGGAUCUUUUAGUUUGUGGCCCUUCACCAGCUCCUGUUCCUAAUUCAUUUGGUUCGGCUGUUCGUGGACAUCCUCGUUACUUUGAUGACUACCCACGUAGUUUAUUUGUGGCUUCCAAUGGUGGUGGACCACGUUUAGAUAUUCGUUCUACUGUUGACGACGACCACAAAGAAUUAUUGACAUCCGCCGCAUCAUCAGGUGACACAGCAGCUAGUCUGAGAUGUGUGUCUCUUCGAGCAUGGGAGUUAUUUGGCUCUAGAGCUUACAUUCAUCAAUAUGAAAAAUAUGGUUUGACAACUGAUAUGUUAAUGGAUUGUGUCGCUACAGUAGAGCAAGUUGCUCACUGUUAUGCAACCCUACCAUGGUAUAAUCUAAGUAUCAACACAGAAUUGUACAUGCAAAGCUGA